AAUAAAACAAAAGGAAACUGAAAUUUUGUGGAUAAGCUUUAGCCAGUAACACAUACUUUCCCUCCUAGCAAACAUCAAACAUUAAUCAAGAAUCUUGAAACAGUUGAAAGUUUUUCAGUUCUUCUGAAGAGAGUUCUGUUAUGGAGGUGGGAAUGUCUUUGAAUCCACUGGUGAGACUGCCCUUAUCAUCAAAUGGAAGAACACAUGAAGAUUCACUCAUCAGACACUCACUGUUUUCCACAAAAACAACAACAGCCCAGAAACCAUACCAGCAGAAAAGGCAGCAUAGAUUGCUGGUAGUUGAAGCAAAAGGAAAGAAAGGAAUGGCGGCCAGACAAUACCAGCGGGCACCCCCUCCUCCUCUGCCCAAGCUUGAAGAUGAUGGCAACCCAAAAUUUGUUAUCUUUAUUCGCGUGGCAAAUGUUUACCUUUGGUACCCCCUGAAUAUCGUAACGGGUGGCACAACAGCGAAAAUCAUGGUUUCUGCAAAGGAUAAUUUUCUGGGGAAAUAUAUCUACAAGGAUACUCUAGCUAGGAAUCUUGCAGCAGUUAUUUAUAGAGAUGAGAAGGAAAUACAGAAAAUGGCUAUGAAACAGUUCCGCGUGCUGCGUUCAGCGACUGACUUCCGAUAUGGCUACAAACUUGUUGAAAACAACAAUCUAAGGGCUGCACUGGCCGCAAAUGAUGUAAUUGAGCUCCCAACACAGGAUGAGCUCAAAACAGUUCUCGAUAAGGUGAAGGACUUCUUCGGUGACGCUAAGGAAUCUUUUGGGAAGAUGACAUUCUUAAACUCAGGAACUGAAUCAUCGGAGGAAGACAUCAACCAAGAUUCCAAAGAAAAAUCCAAGGAAAAAUCCGCGGUGAAAAGCUGAGGCUAACAUGCUAAAGAAAGUAACUCAAGAAGGAUAGAGAACUCUACCAGCAGAUGAAAAUCAAUGCUCUUACGCUUCAUAUAUCGCGUUUUUCACCUGUUAAGAAUCGCGUUUAAGUUUUGUACACAAGAAGUUUGACGACAAUAUCUGUUCAUAGUUCGUUCUAUUGGGAAAAUUAUUUUGUAUUUCGGUUUCUUUCAUGUUAAUGGCCGCGACGAGCUGCCACCUUCUUUUAAAUUAGGAAUAAUUACAUUUACAUCCCUUGAUUAUGAUUGAAUUAUACAAAUCACCUUUAUUGCUCAAA